UUUCAGAUAUACAGACACUGUAGAUCUGCAAUGGAGUUCAUUUAUGAAUGACGCCUUGUGCUCAGAUUUGAAAAGAGAGAGAGAGAAAUGAAAUUGAACUAAAUAUUGAAUAAAAGAAAUAUUCCUGUCACAGUUUAAAGCAAAAAGGGUUACAUUAAUAAAGGAGAAAUGGAAAUAUCAACUGUAAAGUGCGGAAAUUCUUGUGAUAACAGCAGCCUUGACAUUUCUCAGCAAGGAAUAGCUUGCAAUUACAGUGAGGAGCAGCAUGGAAAGAAUAUGCUUAUCAAACAUAAACAUGUUUCUAAUGGUGUAAAACCAAAAUACAACCAGUUUAGAUACCGCUGCACAUUAUGUGGAAACUGUUAUGGAAUGAUGUCUCUACUUGUCCGCCAUACUUCUAUGCAAGGACACAAGAUCUUUCCUUGUCCCAAGUGUAAUCAAAGAUUUAGCAAUCCUUCCUCUGUACAUGUCCAUUUGAGAAGUGUACACUCAGUGGAAGAAUACAAGUGUGCAGAUUGUGGUAAAAUUUGUAAUUCAAAACAACGAUUGGAACAACAUCUUGUUACGCAUGCGCAGAAAGACUUUCCUUGCCCAGUGUGUGGAAAGAAAUUUCAACAUUUGUAUAGAGUUAAUACUCACUUAAAGCGACAUUAUAUUGAUAACAGAUCUUAUAAAUGCAAAAUGUGUGAAAAGCUGUUCAGGACCAAAGAGGAUCUCUUUGGUCACCAUAAAACACACAGCUUACAGAGAAACCAUGAGUGUAGAACUUGCGGAAAGAAGUUCAAAACUGUCUUCCAUUUAAGGGAUCACGUGAAAUACGUACAUACAGGAAAAAUAGCAUUUAGAUGUAGUGUUUGUGACAAAGGAUUUAAGUACAAGGUCACUUACCAGAAUCAUGUGAGAACAGUCCACUCUGAAGAAAGACCUUAUGCAUGUAACACAUGCAGUAAACGUUUCAAAUGUAAGAUGUCCCUUAAAAGUCAUGUUGUAGUCCACCUUGAUAGAGAGAGAAAAUAUGCAUGUGACCAGUGUGAAUCAGCAUUUUUCACGAAAGUCAGGCUUGCAUUGCAUAAAUCAAUUCAUACAGGGGAGCGUAUUUGCACUUGUGUAAUAUGUGGGCGUUCAUGUUCGACUCCAGGAAAUCUGAAAAGGCAUUUACGGAUUCACACAGGCGAGGGAGCAGCUACAUGUGAAAUGUGUGACAAAAGUUUUACAGAAAAGUCCUCCCUACAAACGCAUAUCAACAAAAUUCAUAUUUAUAACUUCCAAUAUGCUUGUACAACAUGUGAAGAAAGGUUUGUAUGUCGCAGAGAUCAAAAGCAGCAUGCAAAACACUGUAAAGGUACAUAUAGGUGUCCAGUGUGCCAUGAAGAAUUCAAAAGUCGUUCUAAAAUGAAUGAACACAAGGAUGCACACAGAAGUGGGCGUGGCUUCAAAUGUGACAUUUGUGGCAUCAUAAUUAAAAAGCCAGAUGGCCUGAGAAAUCAUAUCAAAGUACAGCACGAGCAACAGCUUUUUACAUGUGAUCUAUGCGGCCAUCAGGUUAAAUCCGAAUUUAAAUUAGAAGUGCAUAUACGAGCUCAUUUCAGACGAGAGUUGUUGAAAUGUAGUCAUUGUGAGAAUGUUUUUGUGUCAGAAUAUGCACUGAACAAACAUAAAAAGUCUGCGGAAUGUUUACAGGCGAAACCUAACUGCACUGUGUGUAAUGUAGUUUUAGAAAGCGAUCAAAGGUUAAACGACCAUAUGCUAAGUCACAUUAAGCCAUGUCAUGUGAGUUUAGAACGAAUGUUAACAAGAUAAGAAGAAUCCUUCAUCUUAGCAUGUCUUUGGAGAUUAGAGGUAGUUGUUUUGUUGUUGUUGUGUUUUUAAAUGAUGCAGGUAUCAUAUCUGAUACGACUACACGAAAUAUAUCUCGUUAUGCUUAAAAUCAGUUAUUUUGACCACUUGUAAAGUUUAAACUUUAUGUUUGGAAAGUUCUCAUUCUCUUGGAACAAACUAGAAUUUAGUCUGAAUUACACAAAUGAAAAAGGAGUUUCUGUAUAUCGUUUGUUUUUAGCUCAUCUGUCCAUAAUGACAAGGUGAGCUUUUGUGAUGGCAUUUUGUCCGUCGGCCAUCCAUUCACAAUUUCUUGUGAACAGGAUAGAGGCCACAUUUUGCAAUCAGUUUUAAUCAGACUUGUUUAACAGAGACCUGUCAGUUUAAAGUUUUUAGUUAGAUAAUUAUACGGAAAUAUAUAUAUAUGUUAUCGUAAUAUGGAUACCGACAAAUCUUAUUCAGAUACAUUUAGUGAGACUUUAUGCUUAUUAAGAAAAAUAUAUCAACAAAACAGUGAUUUGUCCUUGAAUAAAAUGAUCAUUAUUUAGAGCCCAGUUUGGAAGGAAUUACAUUUUUGUAUAUCAGGAGGGCACAGUACGACUGAUUUAAAAUAGUACGCAUCUACAAGACAAACAUGAUUUUAUUCAAGUGAAGAUCACUGUUUGAGAUGUAUUAUUGUGCCCCUCCCCCUCCCAUGAGUGGUGCGGGCAUAUUUGGUCUUGUCCAUGCAUCCGUCUGUCUGUGUGUCCGUCCGAAAUUUGAGACGCACCUAGCUCAAAAAGUAUUUGAUAUAAAUUGAUGAAACUUUACUUUUAUACAUGUUUGAUAUGUUUCCAUUACUUGAAGAUGUUGAA